UUCCACUCCACCUCCCCGCAACCGGGUCCAACGACUUCACCCCCGGCCUCGCGGUCGCCCCCUCCUCCCGCGCGCGUCCCGCUCCCCCCCGAUCUCUCCACCACCAGCCGCCGGCGCCGGCGAGGCGCGGCCGCGGGCCAUCGAUGAAGGCCUCCUCCCACUCGCAGGGGGCGCAGGCUGGCCGGCGGCGGCGCUGGGGGUGGCUUCUGCCGCUCCUCGUCAGCGCCGCCUUCCUCGCCGAGAUCGCGUUCCUCGGCCGCCUCGACAUGGCGAAGAACGCUGAAGCGGUCGAGAGCUGGACCACCUCCUUCUACCGCCGCUCCGCCCUCUGGGGCGAGGGCUCGGAUGCGCCCCCGCGGGGCGGGGACGACGACGACGACGGCGAGAUCCGGCGGUGCGUGGAGCGGCUCGAGAAGGAGGACGCCGUGCCCUACGACCGCGACUUCGACAGGGACCCCGUGCUCGUCGGAGGCGCGGCCAAGGAUUGGAAUAAAUGCUAUGUAGGAUGUGAUUUUGGGUUUUCCGCGAGCAAGACACCUGAUGCUACUUUUGGAAUCGCUCCAGAUCCUUCCGUAGAUAGCAUCCUCAGAUCAAUGGAAUCAUCUCAAUAUUAUUCGGAGAACAAUAUUGAUGUGGCUCGACGGAGAGGGUACAAAAUUGUGAUGACAACCAGCCUUUCCUCAGAUGUACCUGUUGGCUACUUUUCAUGGGCUGAAUAUGAUAUCAUGGCACCUGUGCCUCCAAAGACUGAAGAAGCUUUAGCUGCAGCCUUUAUUUCAAACUGCGGUGCACGAAACUUUCGUUUGCAAGCCCUUGAGAUGCUUGAAAACUUGGAUGUGAAAAUCGAUUCAUAUGGUAGUUGUCAUCGUAACCGUGAUGGCAAAGUGGACAAAGUGGAAACUUUGAAGCGCUACAAAUUCAGCUUGGCUUUUGAGAAUUCUAACGAGGAGGAUUAUGUAACAGAAAAGUUUUUUCAGUCACUGGUAGCAGGUUCUAUUCCAGUUGUCGUUGGUGCUCCAAACAUUCUAGAGUUUUCUCCAGGAGCAGGUGCAAUAUUACAUAUUAAGGAGCUUGAUGAUGUUGCUUCAGUUGCCAGGACAAUGAAAAACAUUGCUUCAAAUCCUGAUGUUUUCAAUCAAUCUUUGAGGUGGAAAUAUGAUGGUCCAUCUGAUUCUUUCAAAGCUCUUAUCGACAUGGCAGCAGUUCAUUCAUCCUGUCGGCUUUGCAUACAUAUUGCUACGAAGAUUCAUGAAAAAGAGGAAAGGACUCCAAAAUUUAUGAAUCGUCCAUGUAGCUGUUCCAGCAAAAAAGAAACAGUUUUUCACUUAUUUGUCAGAGAGAGAGGGCGGUUUAAGACAGAGAGCAUUUAUCUGAGAUCGGGCCAAUUAACUCUGGGAGCUUUGGAGUCUUCAGUGCUUGCUAAAUUUAGAUCCCUCAAUCAUGUUCCUGUAUGGAGGGAUGAAAGACCACCGAGUAUUAGAGGUGGGAACGAGUUGAAGGUACACAGAAUUUAUCCAAUCGGUCUAACCCAAAGGCAGGCAUUGUACGGUUUCAGGUUUAGAGAUGAUUCUGAACUUGAGCAAUAUAUUAAAGAUCAUCCCUGUGCAAAGCUUGAAGUAAUUUUUGUAUGACUAUGCUCUAGGCAUACCUUUACCCCUAUUCUUACCAAACUUCUCCGUGUGCGAGUUUCGGCUGUACUGUAAUCUAGGGUGUUUUGGGUAGCAAUGAAACUCAUGCUAGUACAGAUCAUUCUCCCGGGUGUAAAUUUUUAUCGACAGAAACAACAGUUACUUCAGGAACAGACAAGAAUUGACACGAGGCACUUAAUGGCAUUUUUGUAGACAACAGAAAUGAAGUGACACUCUUGUAAUGACAUUGGUCGGACUUUUUAUUAACGCCGUACACUGGCACGUUUCUGCGAA